AGGAAACACAUCCUGAUUCUAUUCCCUGAACUUGGCACAUCCCCCAUACGCGCGGGCGCCGUGAUCGACGACCACAUACAUAAAACAGCUAUAUACAGCCACCCGAAAGUAAAGUCCUGGGGGCUCCAAAUCACAUUCAACGACCUCCCCUCUCUCUCUCUCUCACAGGCAAAAGUUGCAAACUGAAAACUAUCGCAAUCACCACGUCCAUCGCGAACAUCAUGUCUGAAGAGAAACAACAUCACGGCAGACAUCCUCCUGACAGGGAUGCAGUCCCGACUCUCGCCUCAUUAGGAGUCGAUCUUCACCCAGACACAUAUCGAUACUGCGAAGACAGUCAAGCGUUGGCGGAUGCUAUCGGCGGAAACAGACUGAGGGAUGUCUUCGCCAACUGGAUCGUAGUCGCAGCCGCUUUCUCCGCCUGUAUGGGUGGUCUCUUGUUCGGUUUCGACCAAGGUAUCUUGUCGAUCGUCUUGACGAUGAAGCAAUUCCUGAACCAAUUUCCGGAGACGGACCCCGCGCAAGACUCGGGCGCUGCGUUCAACAAGGGUAUCAUGACGGGUCUCUUGGAGCUGGGCGCAUUCCUGGGUGCCAUCCAAGCCGGUUAUCUCGCCGAUAGAUAUUCGCGAAAGAAGGCUAUCGCCAUUGGAUCCGCCUGGUUCAUCGUCGGUAGCAUCAUCCAGGCUGCAUCAUUCAGCUACGCUCAGCUCGUUGUCGGCCGGUUCGUGGGUGGUGUCGGUAUCGGCUUUUUGUCCUCGGUCGCUCCCAUGUACAUUUCCGAAAUCGCACCGCCCAACGUGCGAGGCGCCUUCCUCGCCCUGGAAGGUGCGACCAUCGUCAUCGGUAUCGUCAUCAUGUUCUACAUCACCUAUGGGACUCGACAUAUCCCAGAUGACUGGAGUUUCAGGGUACCGUUCGUCAUCCAAGUGGCACCUUGUAUCUUCCUCGGACUCGGUCUUUGGAAGCUGCCCUACUCUCCUCGAUGGUUGGCUCAAGUCGGCAGGGAUCGAGAGGCGUUGGACGCUCUGGUCCGACUUCGUGGGACCCCGUCGACAGACCCUCGAGUACAAGCCGAAUGGAUCACCAUCCGAGCCGAAGCCCUCCGGAACAGGGAAGUCAUCGUCAUGGCCCAUCCUACCAUCGCUCAAAAGGCCGGUCUGGCGGCGGAGAUUAAGCUGGAGAUUGCCGCUUGGAUCGACAUGUUCAAGCCGGGUAUCCUUCGAAGGACCAUGAUUGGGGUCAUGCUCAUGGUCUUUCAACAGUUCCAGGGCAUCAACGCCCUGAUCUACUACUCUCCGACCUUGUUCGAGCAACUCGGUCUAGGCUAUGAGAUGCAACUCACCAUGUCCGGUGUACUCAACGUCUGUCAAAUGGUCGCAACCACCUCGUCCUUCUUUUACCUCGACAAGAUCGGCCGAAAGCCGCCUCUUCUCUUGGGAUCCGUUGUCAACACCAUCUCUCAUGUUAUCGUCGCCGUCAUGAUCGCCAAGUUUUCGCACGACUGGCCGAACCACCAAAAGGAAGCUUGGGUCGGCGUCUCCUUCAUCCUCAUCUUCUGCUUCUCUUUCGGUCUCGGAUGGUCUCCCGUCCCCUGGGCCCUACCCGCCGAGGUCCACGCCUCUAGUCGGCGAGCCAAGGGAGUGGCCAUCACCACCUGCUGCAACUGGUUGUUCAACUUUAUCAUCGGCGUCAUCACCCCUCCCAUGAUCCAACACAUCAAAUGGGGAACCUUCCUCUUCUUCGCCGCCUUCUCGUUUAUGAGCGCCAUCUGGACCUGGUUCUUCUGUCCGGAAACCAAGGGGGUUUCGCUCGAGGGCCUAGAUCGGAUCUUUGGGACCAAGGCUGGCGUCGAGGAGAUCGAUGCCAAGGCCGACAUCCUUCACGCGAUCAUCGGAAUCUCUUCGACUACCGGCAGGAACGACGUUCCCGCUCUCGGCACGGGAUACCAGAACGACGAGAUCUCGGACAAAGGCGCCGCUUUCAAAGGACAAUCCGAGUUCGUGGAGAGGGUCUGAAAGACCAUGGGAUUUGAGCGAAAAGAGACUGCUGUUCAGAGGCGCUGAAACGAGGGAUUGAAUCGGUACAGGCAAAUUGAAAGAUCAGGAAAAGUCUAGAAUAAAAAGUCGAAGGAAACGCGUUGUACAACCUCGUUUUACGUAU